UACAAACUGUUGCUUCGUGCGUUUGGAAGUAGAUAGGAGAUAUUUGUUCUCAGUUUAGUUCGGACGGCCUUGCGUCUUGUGUUGUUUAUUUGUUGCUUGCUUGCUUGCGUUUCGCUCUGAGCACUCAGUGUCCUUUCUAUCAUCUAAAGGCUGCUUCUCGGUUAUAGGGUAUAACUCAAGAAACCGAAAAGAUACCCUUAAAACGGAAAAGAUACACAAAGAACGAAAAAAAGAUACUUUUAUCGCUCAUACACCUUAUGCGUAUCUUUCGCUCGUUUCACCUGGCGAAAAUUGAAGUGAACCGACCGGUCUUUUGGCAAUUCGUUUAAGUGAUACAAAAAGUCCACGAAGCGUGGAAGGGUUAUACGAAAUUGACCGCGAAUUAGUCAUACUAAUUGCGUUGCCCACGAAGGGGAGAAAUUCUCCAAUAGAGUAUCUAUUAUCUGGCAAAGAGAUUAAGCCCCAAAGCGUAGGUGGUGUUUAUGUUAUUGUGCUCCCGUUGAGUAGCAGUGUCUCCGCGAAAUUUCAAAAUUGUCUAUAUUUUUAGUCAGUCCGGGAGUGACGCGCUCCAUAAUUGUAACGGUCACUACGCGUAAUGGAUGCGAAAUGAGUGAAUCUGUUCCCCGGUAAUCAGACCCAAGUGAUCAAAUGUAAAUUUUUUAUGCAAUUCAAUCGAGUUGUUUGACCUUAGACGCGUCUAUGCUGAGCUAUAAUUUCCGAGAUUACGAAAAAGUUGGAAUCAACGUACCAUUGUUACUGAAUCAGAUUUUAACAUACAAAAAUCCAGUUCUUCCCAAUCACUUACGUAUUUUGUUGUAAAUAAAAUCGUUAAAUCCGAAUCUAUCGUUCGACCUGUGAGGAGUUUAUAAGCAGUUGCGAAACAUUCAAUGAGAUACACGCCAACGGCAGCAGCAUCAUCUUCAAAAAUGGAAACCGGAUUACUACAACCAGCUUGGCGCAGAAGCCACCUUUCCAGUCGUCUUCUCGCAGCAAUCUUGGCGCUCGUUGUCUUACAAGGAACCUUAACAUAUGCCCAAAUAGAUGUUGAUCCAAAGCAAGUCACCUUAACUGAAGGCGAAAAAACAUCCUUGCUAUGCCGCUCCGGAAAUAAAAUCAACUAUUGUCGAUUCAUAGUACCUGGAGCAUCGCAAGUUCUAGUUUUGUCAGAAACGUGGCCAUCAAAAACCCCAGGAUAUUCGUAUUUUGGACAAGGAUUGGCGGCGGGGCAAUGUGGUGUAACAAUUGAUCGAGUUAUCCCUCAAAAUCAUGGACAGGCCAAAUGCUUUUUGGGUAUUGAAGGUGAUGAAAUUGAAGGACAGAUCGAACUUACGGUUGCAUUGCCACCACAUCGUCCUGAACUGGAAGUAAUAUCAAAACCACCAAGAAAUUUCUUCGAAGCCGAUGAAACGCUCCAAGCUCGUUGUAUAUCACGUGAUGGACGUCCAGCAGCUAACAUCUCAUGGUUCCUCAACGAUGAACCGAUUCUUGAAGGACUCGGUGUUCCUGAAACUGCUGAAACAACAGCUGCAGAUGGUACAAGUAAACUCUUCACAAGCGUUCAGGAAAUUAAGAGAAGACUGCAACCAAGCGAUGAUGGGAAAUUCCUAGUAUGCCGUACAUCUCAUAUUGCCGACCGAGGACAGGAAAAUAUGGUUAAGCAACAGUUACUUGUCAAAUACCUUCCUCUUCCCCAACAAGAAAUAACCGUCUACGGAGUAACACUAACCCGAACAGCCCUUAUCAAUGUCACAAUUCAAGCGAAUCCCCGACCACGCGUUGAAUGGACCGUAAGCGGCGUAGUCAUACCACAAGGAACCCAAAACGGUCGAUACGAAGCAUAUGAACCAGCUGAACUUGGAAAUGGCGAAUACAACGUUGUUCUGAGUAUCGAUUCCUUGACUCUCGAAGAUACAACUAAGGACUAUAUGCUGAGAGCAUCAAAUGAACUUGGCCAACAGGAGUACAUCGUACGAAUCAGCUCAUCGAAUACACCUGCUUCCAGUGGCUUGGAUAUCGGUGCCAUUAUUGGAAUAGUUGUAGCCGUUGCUGUUCUUCUCAUUAUUGUUGUCCUUAUUGUUUUCGCUCGAGCGACAGGACGAUGGUGUUUCGGAGGAGCUUCCCUGAAUACUGACAUCGGACCUGACUCAGAGGCUCAAAUCAAUCCUCAUCUCAAUGACGAAUUCGAUGGAAAGGAAGUAUACGAUCCUGAACAACAUAUUGAUACAACACAACAAUCAGGCGAUGAAACACCACCGGUUAAGGACAAGCUGGAACAACCAAUCAAAACGGAAUUGAAGAAAGCCGCUGCCAAUGGUCAUCAUAAUGGAAAAGACUUAAAAACUAAUACUCCAGUAUAAAAAUAUCAAUUAAAUACCAGGACAUGUUUGUCCUAUAAAUUUUAAAAUUAUUUAAAUCAUAAAUUUAUAUAAAUAAAAUAUUAAAUGAUUUUUAAGAUUUAUUGAUGCGAAUAUGAAAUCUCAAAAGUGUAUUUUAAUUGGAAAAAAACUAAUAAUUGAUUGCAUAGGAGUGUUUAGUUUCAAUAUUUAAAAUUUGACGUUGAUUGGAUUUCAUCGAAAGUUUUCAAGAAGAAAGUUUCAUUUUAAUAAUUAUUUCUGAAUUCUUGAUUUAUAUACCACCAGAAAAAUAUAAUGUCAAACGGCUGAUGAAACCAUUUUAUAAUUAUAUAUUUUACGUGAGCUCAAGAAUUAAAACUGCUUACUUGAAACUUUCGGUGAUAUCCAUCCGAAAUUAACUCUAGGAUAUAGUAAGAACCUUAAAAUCAGGGCUUUUUACAAUUGCUUUCAAAUCCUUCACUUAACUGUGAAGAAACCAAAAACAAUACACAAAGCGUUUAAAACCAUGUCUAGGAAUCAAUUAUACCAUAUUCCCAAAAGUACUAUAAAAUGGAUCAACUUCAGCAGUGGAAAGUUGAACAUCAUCAAUUCCGGAGUUUGAAAAGAACGUUCUCAUUCAAUUUUAGAAAAUUCCAGUCACAAACUGAUCUAAAUCCAACUUCAAACCUAGAAUUACCCAGUGUGCUCAUAAAUAUACAUAUGAUUCCAAAUAUCGUGGUCUGCCAUCAUAAUCCAUGCAUUUACAACAUUCCAAUACGAAUGAGCCGUCCCGUUUUGCUUUUAUUGUUUUUUUUUAAGGUUUCCCGUCAAAACAAAACCUUAUUUUUAAUUAAUUGAAAUCAAAACAAUCAAUAAGAAUUCAAUUAAGCUUAAAACCAACCAUGUCGAUUUGAUUGACAAUUUUUAUUUUAUUAAUUUUAUAUUUUUUUCUGGCAGGAAAAUCUAAAAUUUUAACUCGAAUACAAAAAGAAGAUUAUCUCACAAAUUGAAACAUUUCUCGAAUAUAUAAAACUCAAAAUAUGAAUUAUGAAAUUAUAAUUAAAACAUAAAAAAAAUUGACUUGAAACUGCCUUUAACACUAAGAUUUUUUUAUAAUACAUUGUAAAAAUAUACAUAAAUAUAAAUGGUAAAAUAAGAAUCUCUCAAAGAUCUUACAAAAAUUACGAUUUUAAUUAUUAAGUGUUUAUAAAUAAAUAUAAAUAAAUCUUAUAUCACUUAUAUAAAUUUCCUCCAAUUUCAAAGAUUUUAUUUUUAUAAGAAUAAGUACAAAUUGUUCGUUAUUUGUUCAUUCAUUGACUUGUUCGAUCCUUGAAUGCCUGUACAAUUUCAUUCCCUUGCUUUCCACCAUAAUUAUAUUUCCUUCCUAUCAUAUAUGUUAAUUUGAGAUUUGUUUAAUAACAGAAGGAAGUUUUGAAAUAUCUAACAAUGGUUUAAAUCAUAAAAGUUGCUAUUACUAAUUGACAGGCGUAACUUUAUAACAAACAGAAUCAUUUCAAAGAUUUAGAAACCAUCCUUCAUGAAGACAACUCUGAAGUAAAACAUCCUAACAUAAAUUAUCACUACUUACCAUAAAAUAUCCUGGAAUCGAAUCUCAAUUUUACUAUUCCCUUCCACACUUUUACCUGAAGACAAUCCUCAAAAUAAAUAAGAGAAAUACUUUACCACCUUACAGAAGAAGGUGUGAACAAAAGUACAAACUGACCGUGAAUAGAGAAAACAAGGACGAAGAACAAUUUGUCCUUGUACGGAUUAAUGGUGUAGUGAUUAUCUUAUAUUUUCAUUUAUUAUCAUUUUGGAUUUAUACAUGCUUUUUAUUAAUAUCACUUUUAUUUUUUUAUUCACUUAUUAAAACUUUGAAUUAUUGAAAUAUCUUUUCAAUUUCACUGUUUCACGAUUUAUGCCUUCUAUUUUAUAUCUAUAAAUUCAAUAUUGAAACAAUAUUCCUGUAAUUCAGUUCAGAAUAUAUAUUAUCCUUUAAUAAAUAAAAUGAUAUUUCAACAUUUCAAUAAUUCGAUAAUUUGUUCAAACACAGAAUCUUGAAAAAAUAAUUUCUCGAAUAUUUUACAAACAAAAUCUAUUUCAUAACUAAUUUAUACAAAUAAUCUUUUACAUAAAUUCUGCACUUCUGUAUCUUUAAUAUCUUAUCACCGCAUUAAAAACUAUGUCAACUACACCAUUGCAGCAUUUUGUUGCAUUCACGUUACAAAGUCUUGUAUGAAUGUUCACACCUUCCCUUCGACCCUACUGUAGUUAGUUACAAAAAAAAAUAAAAUAAAUUCAUUGAAAUAUAUACAUACAUAAAAUAUAUAUAUACAUAGAUACAUUUAUUACAAAUUUAAGAAAACAUUACUGUAUACUGGAUGAUAUUUUUUUGAAUUGUAUACACCGUGUAAUAUUAUUGAUAAUUGUACUUAAGAUCGUCAUAUGAAUAACAAUAAAUAUUAUUUAGAAAUUGUUUUUUCUCCUUCCAAAUAAUGAAUAUAUUAUAAUAUUAUUCAUUUUAUGCAAAUAAAUGUUUUUUAUC